AUGGCAAAAAAGAAAUCUAAGAGCAGAUCCAAGAGUUCUAGAAGAGUUUUGGAUGCUUUGCAACUUGCUGAGAGAGAAAUUAAUGGUGAAUUCGAUAACUCCAGCGACAAUGACAAAAGACAUGAUGCUCGUCGUAAUGGUACAGUUGUCAACUUGUUAAAAAGGUCAAAAGGUGACACUAACAGUGAUGAAGAUGAUAUCGAUUCUGAGUCGUUUGAAGAUGAGGAGUUGAACUCUGAUGAAGCGUUGGGCUCUGAUGAUGACUAUGACAUUUUGAAUUCCAAAUUCUCACAAACUAUUCGUGACAAGAAGGAGAAUGCAAACUACCAAGAAGAAGAGGAUGAAGGUGGGUAUACUUCCAUUGAUGAAGAAGAUUUGAUGCCACUGUCUCAAGUGUGGGACAUGGAUGAGAAAACCGCACAGAGUAACGGCAAUGAUGACGAAGACGCUUCUCCACAAUUAAAAUUGCAAGAUACAGAUAUAAGUUCCGAAUCAAGCAGUUCCGAAGAAAGCGAAUCGGAAUCUGAAGAUGAUGAAGAGGAAGAGGAUCCCUUCGACGAAAUAUCUGAAGAUGAAGAAGACAUCGAAUUGAAUACAAUUACCUCAAAACUGAUUGAUGAAACCAAAAGUAAAGCUCCAAAGAGACUAGAUACGUAUGGCUCAGGUGAGGCCAAUGAGUAUGUUUUGCCCUCUGCAAAUGCAGCUAGUGGAGCUUCUGGGAAAUUGAGUUUGACGGAUAUGAUGAACGUUAUUGAUGACAGGCAAGUUAUUGAAAACGCUAACUUGCUUAAGGGUAAGUCGUCGACGUAUGAAGUUCCGCUACCACAACGUAUCCAACAAAGACACGAUCGUAAGGCAGCAUACGAGAUCUCUAGGCAAGAAGUGAGUAAGUGGAAUGAUAUCGUCCAACAGAACAGAAGGGCUGAUCAUUUAAUCUUCCCGCUGAACAAACCCACCGAACAUAACCACGCCUCGGCUUUCACUAGAACUCAAGAUGUUCCUCAAACAGAAUUACAGGAGAAGGUAGAUCAAGUUCUUCAAGAGAGUAAUUUAGCGAACCCAGAAAAAGACUCAAAGUUUGAAGAGUUGAGCACUGCUAAAAUGACACCCGAGGAGAUGAGAAAGAGGACUACCGAAAUGAGAUUGAUGAGAGAAUUGAUGUUUAGAGAAGAAAGAAAAGCUAGGAGGUUGAAGAAAAUAAAAUCUAAGACAUAUCGUAAGAUCAAGAAAAAGGAAUUGAUGAAAAAUAGAGAGCUAGCUGCUGUUUCCAGCGACGAAGACAACGAAGAUCAUGAUAUCGCUAGGGCUAAAGAAAGAAUGACUCUAAAACACAAGACAAAUUCCAAGUGGGCUAAAGAUAUGAUCAAACAUGGUAUGACAAAUGACGCUGAAACCAGAGAAGAAAUGGAAGAGAUGCUAAGACAAGGUGAACGUUUAAAGGCAAAAAUGUUGGAUAGAAAUUCUGAUGAUGAAGAGGAUGGUCGUGUGCAAACAUUAAGUGAUGUUGAAAAUGAGGAGAAAGAGAAUAUAGACUCAGAAGCAUUGAAGAGUAAAUUGGGUAAAACUGGCGUAAUGAAUAUGGCCUUUAUGAAGAAUGGUGAAGCUAGAGAAAGAGAGGCGAACAAAGAAACCUUACGUCAAUUAAGGGCCGUUGAAAAUGGUGAUGAUAUUAAGCUCUUCGAAAGUGACGAGGAAGAGACGAAUGGAGAGAAUAUUCAAAUAAAUAAGGGCAGAAGAAUAUAUACCCCAGGUUCCUUGGAAUCCAACAAAGACAUGAAUGAACUAAAUGACCACACUAGAAAAGAGAAUAAAGUUGACGAAUCAAGAAGUUUGGAAAACCGACUAAGGGCCAAGAAUAGUGGGCAAUCGAAAAAUGCAAGAACUAACGCAGAAGGCGCAAUAAUUGUGGAGGAGGAAAGUGAUGGUGAACCUCUUCAAGACGGUCAGAAUAAUCAACAGGAUGAAGAAGCAAAAGAUGUUAAUCCUUGGUUAGCUAAUGAAAGUGAUGAAGAACACACUGUCAAGAAACAAUCUUCCAAAGUUAACGUUAUUGACAAAGACAGUUCUAAAAAUGUUAAGGCCAUGAACAAAAUGGAGAAAGCUGAGCUAAAGCAAAAGAAAAAGAAGAAAGGUAAGUCAAACGAUGAUGAAGAUCUCUUGUUGACGGCGGAUGAUUCUACACGGCUAAAGAUAGUCGAUCCAUAUGGUGGUUCUGAUGACGAACAAGGGGAUAAUGUAUUCAUGUUCAAGCAGCAAGACGUCAUUGCGGAAGCCUUUGCUGGCGACGACGUGGUAGCAGAAUUUCAGGAGGAAAAGAAACGUGUCAUUGAUGAUGAAGAUGAUAAAGAAGUUGAUACCACUUUACCUGGUUGGGGUGAAUGGGCCGGUGCAGGUUCUAAACCAAAAAAUAAGAAGCGUAAAUUCAUCAAAAAGGUUAAGGGUGUUGUUAAUAAAGACAAAAGAAGAGAUAAGAAUCUACAAAAUGUGAUCAUAAAUGAAAAAGUUAAUAAGAAAAACUUGAAAUACCAAUCUUCAGCGGUACCAUUCCCAUUCGAAAAUAGAGAACAAUAUGAAAGAUCUUUACGUAUGCCGAUAGGUCAAGAAUGGACAUCCAGAGCAUCUCAUCAAGAGCUUAUCAAACCGAGAAUCAUGACUAAGCCAGGCCAAGUUAUUGAUCCUUUGAAGGCACCAUUUAAGUAA